CUCUUUUUUCCUCUCUGUGCUCAUCUCCACUUCCAGCAUCCUUUCUGUUCCCCUGCAGCUCCACAUCACUGGGGAUUAGCGAGUCCAGACUGCAGCCUGCUCCCCUUUAUUCUGCGCUUUUAGUGUCUUAAAGGAUCUACAGGAUUUGGAGCAUUCAAAUUUUAUGCACUUGGAUUUACAGCUACCUCGCGUCCUUUACUGAAAAUAUAUAUAUAUAUAUAUACACACAUAUAUAUAUAUAUAUAUAAAAAAAAAAUAAUAAUAAAAAAAACCCACCAGCCACAGUUUCAGCCUAAGGUUUGGUGUGAUUGAACUUAAAUCCACAGUCAUGGAUGAAAUGGAUGUGCCACAGCUGAAGAAAGAGGUAGAGAGCCUGAAGUACCAGCUGGCGUUUAAGAGAGAGAAAUCAUCCAAGACAGUCACAGACUUGGUGAAGUGGAUCGAGGAUGGUGUGCCCACUGACCCGUUUUUGAACCCUGAGCUGAUGAAGAAUAAUCCAUGGGUGGAAAAGGGCAAGUGCGUGAUCAUUUAGGACGGAAACAACAGAACAGCACAGAUCUGAAUGUCCACACACACACACACACACACACAGAGGCAUUAGCACCGUACAGUCACUACUUGCAAGAUCUGAAACUAUGCCACGCAUUACUAUAUAAUAUUCAUAAAGGUCAAUAUGUUAUUAAAAAUUCACUAUUAAUAUGAUAUUCCUAGAAAAAGAACUCUUUAUAUGCACUUAGUUCUUUCAAUCUGUUCCAUUAGUUUUGCUUGAGCUUUUUUUCCCUUCUUCUUCUUCUUCUUCUUUUUAAAAAAUAAAAACUCAACUUUUAGAGUCUCACUGCCAGAAAACGAGCGGCAGAUUAACGCCUGCAAAUAAUCCGGAGGAGAAGAUUUCUCACUCGGAAGUGUAGAGAUCUGUCUUCUUUUUCUCUUUGCAGCGUGUUAAUCUGUCCAUCACGACAGUGCACCAUUUAGACAGCAACCACAUCUUAAAAUUCAGCACCGUUUUGUUAAGUCUGUUCGAUUCAUUAAUUUAUGAUCUAUUUAUUUAUUUAUGUCUCUUUUUUUUUUAAUUAACUGUUGAUGCUCUGAUGGACUUGAUGCUUUUUUAAUAUUCAGGUCUGAGGUUCUGAGUUGCACUACCGAGAAAGUUUUCAUAUUCUUUCACCGCUUCAUAUGUUCUCGUAGCCGAAAAUCUUAAAAAAGUGUAAUAGACUCCAUUGAUAUAUUUCUGCAAUCUAUUAUUUAAACACUGAAAUAAAUCCAGUGUUUAGCUGCUUCUUCAUUUAAUACGAUAUUGUAUUGCAUAUGACUCUACGGCUUUUUAAAAACCCAUUGUCACAUUCUGGCAAAAAAACAAAAAAUCGUGGGCCUUCUUAUUACAUACUUUGACACAAAGAAAAAAAUAUUUCACAAAAACUAUGUAGAAAUGUUUUAUUAAUAUUGUAGAUAUUGGUUGAGCUUUCUGCAAAUCAUGUUGUUGUAAAUGAGUUUAAAAAAUAAAAGACUGUAGGUUAUGUGUAAAGAUCGACAUAGUUGUCAUGGUCAUGUUGAUUAUUUUUAAAUUUGAUUUCAUUUUUUUUAUGCAAAUAAAUGUCAAUAAAUAGUAGUUGUUUUAAGACAAGUGUACUGCUGUCUGUUCAGUGGAAUUCUUGAAAACAUCACGUGAAGAGUUUUUCCAGAAAUUUCCUGGCGAUAUUUAAACAGAAAUAUCUAAUCGAAACAAAAAUAUCUUCUAUUUGGUUUAUCAAUUAAACUAAUGAUCUAAACUAUUUAUAUUUGUUACCUAGCUGGAAAAAUACCAGUGUUUUAAUGUCACUAAGUCAUCAAAAAUUGCGUACAAUGUAGGCAUGACAAGCUGUGUUUAAUUCAACUGACUGAAAAAACCCAAAACAGUCCAGUAACUGAACCUCCUUAAUGUUUACCGGACCCACAUUAAUAGAGAAUAAUAUCCACUUGUUUUAUUUUUUUCAAUAGAUAUGAAAUAUAUGAAGCUCUUGGUGGUAAAACUCAGACUCUCAGACCUGACUGUGUGACGAGCGGAAGAAGAAAUAACACACAUUAUGCCAGUUCUCACCAUCUGAUACUGCCUUGGUCACACUUUCCUUAAAGAGAAUGAAUGUGUUUUUGUAAGUGAACCGGCUCCGAUGCACAAACUAUUUUAUUUUUCCCAAAGGCAAGGCAAGGUGUGUGUUCAUAUUUUUUUGACUUCUGAUUUUGUUCUGUUUUUAUAUAUUUAUCGAUUUAAAAAUAAUAAAAACAAAAAACAAAAAACCUGCGGCGUCUUUAGUUAGAUAUUAUGCAUAAGUUCAUAGGUACUAGGUUAAUGACUAAGCAAUAAGUAAUGGCAUUUUUUUAUUGAAUGUUUUACAAAAAAAAACAAAACACUUAUCUUGAAAUAAAGUAGAGGAAUUUUA